CGAAAGGUGAAAUGUUACUAUAAAAGCUGGUAACAAAACAAAUUUUUAAAUCAAUAUUGAAAAGUUAUUACUUUAGAACUAUCAACAUGAGGUAUAUUUCUUUGCUAUUUUGUCUUGCAACUGGAAUUCAGUUCUGCACUUCUGCUACAGUAGAAGAUGCUGAAACGCAAUUAAAAUUCCUUCGAGAAAAAACAUCAAAUAAAUUAGAAACUGCGUUUUUAAACCAGACAAGAAUGUCAAAUGAUAUUGAUGCUACAGCUCUCGCCGCUAAAGAAUACGGGAAAAUGGAAAUUCAAAAGAAGACAGAUAAAUACAGUGCGAAACUUCAAGCUGACAAAGCCCUAAUAUACAGAUGUCGAGGCUCACGAAAACACAUUUACGAACACACGAAAAAUUCAAAUAUUGAUGAUUUAAUUCGUUGCGUCGAUCAACAGGGAAGUCAAAGUGUUAAUGUUCUCUCAAGACAAAGACGAGCGUUACAACAGUAUGUUUGGGAUGCGAUUUAUGAAGCAGAAAGGCAAAUUAUUGUUUGUGGUCAAUCCAGCAAGUGUCUUGAAGCUGCCGUUGCAGAUAUUAAAGAUAAGAUUGAAGAAGUUUCGAAAGUGAUUGAUGCUGAACUUGAUAUCAGUGAACAUAACAAAGAAGUUCAGGUUCAGGUUAUUAAAGCAUGUGCAAGUAACAGUAUUGCACAUGCUGAACAUGUGUUUAGUACAAUCCCUACUUGUAACUACUAAUUAUUUCUGAAUUGUUUGUCACAAUAAAGAGAACAUUUAUGAA